AAGUUAUGCCCUGUAGUUACCAUAAUGACCACUAGGUGUCUCAUUCCUAGCAGAAGCAGACGUUUGCACGUGUUUAUUUGGCAGCAUCAACAGCAGAACAUACAUCAGUGGUCAGCCUCCCCACAGUUACAAUGACAGUGCUGUUGUAGCUGUCUCAACACACACUCCGAGCUCUGCGUCUUCCUGUUCAUAGAUGAGAACUUUAGGAGUCUAAGUCAUGGAUUUGGGAUCAGAAAGUCUCAGACUACGAAUCAAGCAGCUGUUGGAGAAACCGGGGAAUGGAAACUGUGUCGACUGCAAAGCUGCAGAUCCAGAAUGGGCGUCUUACACCCUGGGAGUGUUGGUGUGUCACACUUGUUCGGGACUCCACAGAAACAUCCCUCAGAUCAGCAAAGUCAAAUCUCUCCUGCUGGAUCCCUGGAACUCUUCUGAGUUAGAGUUUAUCGACAGCAUGGGGAACAAUGCUGCCAAGGCCAAAUAUGAAAACAUAGUUCCCGCCUUCUACUAUUGUCCCACAUCCAGAGAUUGCCUGCUCCUGAAGGAACAGUGGAUCCGAGCCAAAUACGAACGGAAGGAGUUCAUGUGUGUGGAGAAGCAGGAGGCGUACUCGACAGGCUACAAGGAAGGGUUUCUAUGGAAACGAGGAAGGGACAAUGGACAAUACCUCAGUCGAAAAUUCAUUCUGUCCGAACGUGAGGGUGUUCUCAAAUAUUUCAACAAGCUUGACGCCAAAGAGCCCAAAGCGACUCUGAAGAUCAGCAGCGUGAACGCAGUUUUCCAGCCAGAUAAAAUCGGCACGGCUCACGGGCUGCAGAUCACCUAUUUGAAGGAUAACAGCACCAGAAAUGUCUUUGUUUACCAUGAAGAUGGCAAGGAAAUAGUGGACUGGUUUAACGCCAUCAGAGCUGCCAGGCUUCACUAUCUGCAGGUGGCUUUUCCUGGUGCUUCUAACUCUGAGCUUUUACCAAAGGUAACUAGAAAAUUCCUUAACGAAGGUUACAUGGAGAAAACUGGCCCAAAACACACAGAGGGCUUCAAGAAGAGGUGGUUUACCAUGGAUGACAGGAGGCUCAUGUACUUCAAAGAUCCUCUGGAUGCCUUCGCCCGAGGAGAAGUGUUCAUCGGCAGCAAGGGAAACGGCUACAGUGUACUUCCUGGACUUCCUUCCAACGUCCAGGGAAACCACUGGCUGUACGGAAUCACCAUUAAGACCCCUGAAAGGAGUUUUCUGUUUGCAUGCGAGACUGCAAAGGAUCAAAAAGACUGGAUGGCAGCAUUUCAGCUGGUCAUUAACAGACCAAUGCUGCCGCAGGAGUAUGCAGUGGAAGCUUAUUUUAAGCACAAACCAUAAGUGCGCUCUGCUGACGUGGAUAGAAUCUGAAAAGAUGAAGGGAAAGGAGGGACGGUUUUGACCUUCCUCAUCAUAAACAGUGAUAUGCCACCUUCCCCUUAAGCUAAUCAAUGCAAAAACACAUGUCAUAACAUGUGACACUUGCAGAGUCAGAACGACAGCUUACAGGUGAAGAAGUGCUUUUUCCUAUCAGCUGCAUAAACACCAACAUUUGCAUCACUGAUGUUGAAAUGAGUAAGAUUUUAUUUGGCUAAAUCACUGUUUAACUCCUAACUGUAAAGGUACAAAUAUUUUACACAUAUGUUUUUAGAAAGUGUUAGAGUGGAAUUAUAUUUAAUAUUUUCUUUUAUUUAUAUACAUAUUUUUUUAUUUGCAAUGUAAAGCUUUUUUGUAAUUUGAGGACAAGCACUGAACUUAACCCCAGAGAGACCAAAAACAUUUUUUUUGUAGGGACUUUUAAAGCCAACUUGACAUAUUUGUUCGCUUUGAGAAGAAGCAAUAAAUAGUGGAAAUAUUUAAAAAAAAAAAAGUGGUUAAAUUUAAUACAUUUACGUGCUAGCUUUUCUCGAUUCCUCCAGUAGGGGGCGACAAAGGAAAUCUUUUAAACUAACUUGAACUCUUCUGUUGUUUACCUUACUCAGUUGCACAUUUUUAAUCCUUUUCUGACAGGAUGUGGUCACAACAAUGUUGUCAAACUCAAAAAUUGGAGCACAGUUUGUCUUAGUGGCAUUGAAGCACACUCAGAAGAAAAAAUGUUUUGUUGCCGGGUAGAACAUUAGUUUGUGAUUUUUGAAAUCUUGUUACCAUUAAAGUCAUGAAAAAUGCACAAAUGUUUAUACGUUUUUUUUAUUAUUAAACAUUUAGAUACAAGACAAAAAAAAUACAUCGAGAGGUAUAAAGAAAAACAAAUCAAUAACUGAACAAGAAGUAGUAAAGACAAACUAGUUCAUUUUCAAGAAGCAAAUACACAAUUUUAUAUACAUGAAAAUAAAUAUUACAGCAAGAUACAACUUUAAAGUUAGCACAUUUAUUUGAUAAACUCCUCUAUAAACACAUCUGUCCUAAUCAUGAGAUUCCCAGUUCUUCUUUAUUGAAACAUAUUUUUCCAUGCAGAGAAAAGUAUUUACAUCAUAUUUUUCAAAACAUACAUAUAUUGCGCAGUACUACAUUUUUAAUGAUUUUCAACAAACAAAAUAUUCUACAAUCCAUUUAAAACCCCAAUAGAUGAUUGACAUUUCUGUACACCUAUAGCAACAACAUUAAUUUGUUUUGGCUGUAUGUAGAAAUAAUAUAUAUAUAUUUUUUUAAUAUCCAUCGAUGACUCAUGAAAAUACUUUUGUUUGCUGGUGGAUUGAAGGGACUACUGUGAAACAGUUAGACCAAAAAAAAAAUAAAAAACAUUGACCACAUCUAGUUUAUUACAAAUCAUCUACUUUAUUCUACUAAAAGCUGCCAAUAAUGUGUAUACAGGGAGAGUUAACGCCUUUACAAAACAUGCAUAAGUCUUCAGCAAAACAGUUGAACUCAUUUAAAAUGCACAGAAAACACACUGCAGUAAGUCCAAUGACAGCUUUAGAUCAACAGUUUUUAAUUACAAAAUGCUCAGCAUGUGAGAUGAGAUUCAGUUAGAUUUUUAAUACCAAGAUACAUUGAGAAGGAUGCACGAUGGGAACAGCUUUCUUUAAAAAAAAAAAAAAAUACCUCGCUGGAGCUGACUCCUUACAACCGAUUUGUCCAUGUGAGAGAUACAAGAACAAAACACAUGUACGUACACCAGUAUUUAGGAUCUGCAGCAGCCCGCACCCUUCACCUCUUUGCUCACGUACUCCUGGAGCUUAAACUUUUCACUGGGAUCCUUUGUAGACCUGUGCUUUAGUUCUCUGGAGAAAAUAAAAGAAAGGGAGAUGAGAUAUUUUUAAUAUUUCUAUUUAUAUGAACACUCUUCAACUAUGAUUGAACAUUUUUGUUAGUAAUUGUGUCACUUUUGGUUCCUUAAAAUUGAAUUUAUGAGUAUUUCUUUAUUAAAAUCGUAAAUCAGGAGCAGACGAAAAAUGCUGUUUAAAAAAAGAGCAAAUGUAGAAAAAAAAAAAA